ACCAGAUAAAUUUGACUGGCGAAGUCUGCGAUCAAAAACAGCACACGAGAAACUGGAUCAUGCCUUUACUGUUGCAGAAAGAGAUUUCAGUGUCACGCGACUGCUGGAUCCAGAAGAUGUGGACACAAAAGAUCCUGAUGAAAAGUCUCUCAUCACUUACAUUUCAUCUAUGUAUGAUGUUUUUCCCAACCCACCAUCAUAUCAUCCAUUUGCUGAUACAGACAAACUACGGAAGAUUGAUGACUACAAGGAGUUCGCAAGCCAUCUUCACCUGUGGAUUCGAGAAAAUAUUUCAAUACUCAGAGACAGGAAUUUCCCCAACACCUUGGUUGAGAUGAAGUCUUUAUUGAGUGAGUGUACCAGAUUUCGAAAUGAAGAUGUUCCCCCAAAACAACACGAGAAACAGAAGCUUUCUCAUAUGUAUCGAGAAUUGCAGAAGAUAUUUAGGGAUUCAGGACAUCUGGAUAUAGAGCCCGAACUUCAGAGUGAUUCCCUUGAGAGGGAUUGGGAUCGGCUGUUGUCUACUAUUGAAGAACGUGACCUGGCAAUUCGUGAUGAAAUCAGCCGAUUAGAGAAACUGCAACGCCUUGCGGAGAAAGUACACAGGCAAACAAAGCAAUGUGAAGGUCGACUUAACGAAAUGGAAACAAAAUUAUCAGAGGAAGAGAAAAGGAUACAGCGAUUGGAGCCUUCCGAAGCAAAGCAUAUCUGUGAGGAGCUAGAACAGGAACUUAAAAGCAUAGAAAGCAGUAUCAAGACUUUGUUUCAAGAUGUGCAAACUUUACGAGAUGGUCGCUACCACCAGGCACCAGAGUUGCACAGACGUGUACAGAACCUCCACCAGAGAUGGUCCAACAUACACGUCCAGUUUACAACACGUAUCAUGGUCACCCUUCAGAAAAUGAAGAAAGCCAAACCACUGACAGAAAAACAAUUGGUUGAAACCAAUGAAGCUUUUAAGUUUCUUCAAGACUGUAUCGAGUGGGUCAGUUCUAAGCUUAAAUUUAUAGAAGAAGCCAACUUCGGAAAUGACCUAGCAAGUGUCAAGUCACUAUUAGAGCAGCAUCAGACAGAACAUAGAACAAUUGAUCAGUUUCAGAAGAACGUAGAUCAGUGUGGUAUGAGAAAGAAUCAGUUCCGAGGAGAAGAAUACAACAUUUAUUGUAAAAUGUUGAGCCGACUUGACAGGGGCUAUUCAGAACUGUUGGUUCUAUCCAACAAGCGAUUAAGUGAUUUAGAUGCAUUAUUGGACUUCAUACAAACAGCAACUAACCAACUCAUUUGGAUGAAUGAGAAAGAAGAAAUUGAAGUUUCCCGGAACUGGGGAGCCAAGAGCUUGAACAUAGUUGAAAUCGAACAACACCAGGAGAACUUUACUAAUGAGAUGGAGCUUCGAGAACCUCAAAUCGAAAACAUUAAAGAACAAGGCUAUAAUUUACAACGUCAGAAUCAUCCAGCUGUUGAUUGUAUUGAGGCUUAUAUUGCUGCAUUGCAGACACAGUGGAUGUGGUUAAAGAACUUAAAUCGUUGUUUGAACACCCAUUUGAGACAUGCGUCAAGCUACCACCAGUUUUUUACAGAGGCUAGAGAAUGUGAGAAGUGGCUGAACCGUGUGGAGGAGCGUCUGAACAGUACUUUCAGUCGUCAACAUUUCUCAAUUGAUGAAGGCGAUCGGCUGCUGAGGGAUAUGCUGGAAUUGAUGAAUGACUUGAAUCACUAUGGCCAUAUAGUCCAUUCUUUGGGUGACCGCAGUAAAGAGAUUAUGCCACUUAAACAGAGACGCCAACAACUUAGUCGUCCACUGCGAGUUACAUCCAUUUGUUCAUACAAACAGAUGAAC